UUGAAAAAGAAAGCAUAACCGGGAAGAGAGUGCAGCAGCAGAAGAGCAAGAAUGCUGCGACUACAGUCCCUAUCUUCUCCACUCACUACUAACCAAAGCCCUAAACUCCACCUUAAACCCUCGUUCUCAUCCUUGCCACCCUCUACUAAACGCACCGCUUUCUGCCCCAAAAUCUCGAGCAAGAAACUCUCUGUGAAGUGCCGCCACGCCGAGCAGUUCGAGCAACAGAAGUUCUCCCCUCCAAACAACACCUUUACUUCAGAGACUCCCGCUGGAGCAGGAACAUUCCCGCCUAGGUUUUUUGUGGGUCACUCAAUUUAUAAAGGGAAGGCAGCUCUUACGGUUGAGCCCAGAGCUCCAGAGUUCGUCCCUUUGGAUUCAGGGGCAUUCAAACUCUCCAAGGAAGGUUUUGUGCUGCUUCAGUUUGCUCCUGCUGCUGGUGUACGUCAAUAUGAUUGGAACAGAAAGCAGUUAUUCUCACUAUCAGUGACGGAAAUUGGAAAUCUAGUUAGCCUUGGCACAAGGGAUUCGUGUGAAUUUUUUCAUGAUCCUUUUAAGGGAAAAAGUGAGGAGGGGAAGGUCAGGAAGGUGUUGAAGGUGGAGCCUCUUCCAGAUGGUUCUGGCCACUUCUUUAACCUCAGUGUUCAGAACAAGCUUUUAAAUGUGGAUGAGAGCAUUUAUAUUCCUAUCACCAGAGCAGAGCUCACUGUCCUUAUCUCAGCUUUCAAUUUUAUCUUGCCAUAUCUUUUAGGUUGGCACGCUUUUGCAAAUUCCAUAAAGCCAGAAGAUUCCGGCCGUGCCAAUAUUGCUAGUUCUAGAUAUGGUGGAGAGUUUGAGUGGAGCAGAAAGUGAAUAUUGCAGAGUCUGAUGGAAAUGGUGAAGAAGAGUAGUAAGAGUGUCUUGUAAUUUCUGGACCUUCUUUUGUGGGGAACAUCCUCUUGUUGUAUGAAUUCAUCUGAGAAAUUGGCUGAACCGUUGGAUGGAGGAUUGAAAUGACUAUGAAUCAGCAAGAAAGUGCAACUAUCUUCUGUUAAAUUGAAGUGUAAUGUAAGUACAGGGAUGAAUUCAGGAUUUUUGUUUGGAGGUUUGGAUACAGUUUUAUUUAAAAUUUUAAAGAA